AUGUUGCUGCGGCUCAUCCCUCCCUCUCCCCAGCCGACUGUCCUCUACACACUGGGCUUUGCCCAAUCGCUACCUCUCCCUUUACCUCGCGCGUGGUCGGCUCAGCAUCAGCUCCUUACCUCCGUCCUUGCCUUGCCUGCGCCGGUCUCUAUCCAUGCUCUCGAUAGGUCUGCUUCGUUGGUCGCGCUUGCUCACGAUGUCAGCUUAGAUGUUGCUGCCCUUGAAGUGAGGGUCACGUUUGUGGAUGGACGUCUUGUUACUCUUCCUAUGGAAGAUGGGCUUGUGCGUAUGCUGGAAAAUGUUAUGGCCGACGUCCGGCGGUCUUCGGGUGAUAAUUGCAGCGACGCGGACACGAACGAAGAAGAAUGCAGCACGCGGAGCAGCUCCCCCACCGCAUCACCACUUACGAUCUUCAAGAAGCACAAGCGUCAACGUUCUCUUCUGUUGUCUCUGAUUUCUAGUGCCAUCCCAAGAGUUAUACUUGGCCCGCCUACACGUCCGGCUACACCUCAACCUCCGAGCUCACCAACGACGCCGACAACACCAACGCGCUCGUCUACCCCUUCUUCCCUAUCUAAACCCGCUGUACUUCCUCCGCGCCCCUCGGACCCAGACGAGAACAUGGACGCUAGCGCUCUCCGCCGGCGUGCACGUUCAACGCUCGUUGACGCUUGGAGAAGGCAUGUGCAAUCCGCCAUUGUCUCUGGCUUUUCCGAAGAGCGAGCGCAACUCGUUUCCUUUCCCAAUGCAGGCUAUAUUGAGUGGGUAGUACGCGGCAGGAUGGACGAAGUCCUUAUCCAGAUGGCACAGCUUCGGACCGAAGGCCGCAAGUUCUGGUUGGAACAGCGGUCGAGACACAACGCUUCUGCAGGUCGAGAGCGCGAGGCACCCCCUCGCCUGAUCACGUCCGCGUCUCCUGUUGAUAUCGCCAACAAGAAACGCAGCAAAAGUGUGCGUGUGGAGGAGACGAAAGUUCCUCCUCGCGAGCGCGCCAGGGCCAAAUCGCGAAACCGCAUACCGUCGCCCUUCCCGCGCGACGCGGAUUCGGAUGACUGGGGUAUCAAAGAUGGACGUUCGGGCUCAGAGGAAGUACGCGCGAUGCAGUCGCCGUCUCCUCCUCUUACCGCACCCGACGACAUGGCUGACCUUCUGACGUAUGAUUUCGAACUGGAGCUACCGGCAACUGGAGAGGGGGAUGAUUUCAGUCACGACGACUACAAGCUCGAGGUUGUGGACCCUUUCCGUCUCCAAAGGUCAAGCCCGAGGGAUGCUAGGAAGCAGAAACUCAAGCAGCGGUGGGAGAUUGGAUACACCGGGACUUGUGUAUGCCUUUGUACUGAAGAAGGAGCGUGUGGAUUGGUAUGCGAGGAUGACCGCGAGUGUCAGUGUGGAAGUGAGGAUGCCUCCACGUCGUGCGUGGAUAAGCGGUCUUCCCUCGACUCCUCUGAAAGUGAGACGUCGGUUAAGACGCCCCCUGACGAAGGCAACGGUGUACCUAUUCCUCUGCCUCUUCCCGCACAUCUCGCGAGGGCCAAGAAGGCUUUCAAACGCAGCUUUUCCAAGCACGGAACCAGCAGCUCGCCUCGUACACCUGGGAAAUUCUGCCAAGUCAAACUCCCCACUCACCUCGCGACUCGCUAUAGCAUGCUUACAGGGCAGCUGUCCAGCCUCCGCAACGCCCUGAUUGUCAUUCGCAUCCGCGCCGAGGAGGAAGCCUGGCAGAUCGUCCGGCCAUCCGUCGUUAAUAGGUACGAUCCACUCUGCGGCGAAUGCGCGCGAAAACAGCCAGUGACGUACACAACGGAAUUUUCAAUGACCCCUACGCUGAUGGAUCUCGAAGAACGGGCUCGUCGGCGCGCCUGGAGCAAUGGUAUUACCAUGGAUGCCUAUAGGGUUGCGCACCGGAUCGCAGACAUCCGUUUGGUCACGAAAGAAUCUGGCCCACCGAAGCCUCCUCCCGGGCUUGAUGCAUGUGGACCGCCGUCUUAUGACGAAGCCAUUGCACGCUCUCCGCCUUCCUUGCGUCCAAUUCAGCCGCGAGGCAUCGAGAUGGGCGUCCCGAUUGCUAGCUCCCCCCUCACCUGCUACAUGUGGAAUGCUGAAGACCUCGCAGCAGAGGGCUACACGCUUGAUUACGACGACGUAGAAGAUGAUGAUGCUCGAGACAUUGGUAGCCGCUUUAUCGUCGAAGACGUCGCGGUCAAGCGCGAGCGUAAGAGCUUGCGCCGCACAAGCAGCCGCCCUCAGCUAUUCACCGUCUGUGAGGAAACUGCCUCGGACACUGAGACUGAAUGUCAGCUCCCCUCUUCCGAAACCCGAACUUGCUCUUCCCCCGAACGCGAACCAGGCGAGAUAGGCGCGACUUUUGCAACUACCGCAAUGGAGUUCCCUCACGACGCCUUCGAUGAAGAUGAUCUGGAGAACGGAGGAUACCUUAACUCGUCGGACGAUCCGAUCCAUUCAUCGCCGCCGCCGCCCAUUACCGAAUGUCGUAUUGACGAGGAGCGUGAUGACGGCCCAUUCUCAAGCUAUACUCCUGCUCAAAACUCGACUUCGGCACGUAUACAUGGGGGGUCGUCGACACCUGAUCUGACCAGUCUUUCAAGCCCUGCCCUCCCAGUAUAUAGGCCCACUCCGAUUACUCCGAAGUCCGCGGACGAGCUCCCCGGUCGCCUGGAUGCUUCGGCUCUUCUUUUCCAGCCUCUGAGUCAGUUUGCAUCCGAGCCAGGUUCCACCGCCGACGACACAGGUGCACCUGCUCGCCGUGUUCCCUCUACCGCGUCUUCAGGUCGCCGCGAUCGCAUUCAUUCACUACCUAUAGCGUUCAAGCCCUCCUCGAAUGCUCACGAUCUCUCCCGCGAGUACGCUCUCCCUCCGCCUGAGUGUUCUUCUGACGAUCCUGCCACUGCCUUUACAACUGAUGUCGCACCGGUGCCUACCUUUCCGUACGCACACAUGCAGGUCCACCACAAGAAAGACGGGCAGGACAGGCACCGCCGAUCAGAGGAGGGUUCCCUAGUCCCCGACGGCGAUGACAUCUCCUUAGGGCUCGACAUCGCUCUCGGACGCGCCGAAGAGGGCCAAGCCGAAUGGUAAUUAACGACUCGAUAUGACUCGAAGCAAAACCUCGCAUCGCGCACUACGUGUUCCAAUGCGUGGCCGGCAACGAUAUCCGUCCCGGCCCCUAGAUGUACAUAUUUUUCUUGCAUUUGCAUAGCACCCCAAUAAUCGCCAAACACUCAUUUACAUAAUCCAGGACCUCGCACUCAUUGCCGCAUUCAUCUGCUUCCAUAAUGCCCCCUUCACGUACAGACAUUGACUCGGCAUAUCUAGACUGCAUUUACAUUGACGAUCACUACCAUCAUUGUUUGGACGCACGACGCAUCUCCCAUCCUUUCCUUCUACGACUUACAUUCUCGCCGCUGGCUU